UACUUCCAGUGGUGAUAUAUAGUAUUUGUUUACUGUAUGUAAUGUCUCGUCCAGGUCAGAGGACAAAAAAUACAAAAGGUCUGAUUGUACCAUUCAUGAAUCUCUCUGGUACAUGUUGCUUGUAUUGUGUUCUUACUUGUAUCGGGUUGAGGGUCCAGAAAUGGUACUCAAGUAAAAGUAGUGUUAUCUUACAAUAAUGUUAUUCAAGUACAAGAAAAACAUAUCGUGUUACUCAACAAAAAUUUUCUCAAAAAGUUCUCAAAUACAACCAGUUACUGCCCAUCUGUGGUCAUGUUCUGUUGUUUUUAGACUUUUAAAUCAAUUUUCUUACUGUAGCAGUAAAGUUUCACUCUUAGUUGUAAAUAAAACCAUUUAGGUUACACAUUAUGUUUGAAACAGAAGCAAAAACAAACUAAACUCCCUCUGGAAAGUUUCCAGCUAGAGGCGGAACUCAAGGGGCGGUCACUGUUCCUGGUUGAACGCCGUUGAACGUACAUCCGGCGGAAGUAAAUAAUAUUGCGCUAGCAGCGUUAGCCUCUGUCUAUCGUGUUUUUUGCUGCUUGAGCUGAAUCUAUCAGUGUACUGGACUCUUGGGAAACAGGUGGAGAACCGAACCCGGUCAGGAAGAACGAGGUGGUUUAAUUGCUGGCGGUUCCGAUGAGCUAACGGAACCGAGAGGAGGAUCAAGGAUCUAGUUACUGCCGCGGAGGAAACAGAAGGGUCUUUUGUGUCCCUUAUAUGAAAGUAGGCUGACAGGAAAGGGGGAAGGAGAGGGAGGAAGACAUGCAGUAAAUGUCUCCGGUUCCGGGAAUGGAACCCGCGACAGCCGCGUCGAGGACUCAAGGCCUCCAAACGAUCCUGUUAACAAGAAGAACUUCCUGUGUCUGAACAUCAACUUCCUGUGUUUUAAAAUGAUCUAAGAAGGAAAAAUCCCAUCUCAGCUCUGAGAGACUCUACUGUUGACCCAAAGAUCCCAGAUGACCAGAGAUGAAUAAGGAACAGGAGGAACCAGAACCACAGCAGACGAGGGAGACCAAGAAGGAACCAGAAGCUCAACUCAGUGAGGAAGAAGAGGAUGAAGGGUUGCUUGUAGUGAAGCAGGAGAGCAGCAGCUCUGUGGUGAGCCCUGCUGACCUGGGAAAAGUCCAUAUGGAUCUGGAACCAGAGCAGACGAUGGAGAUGAAGGAGGAGCUGGAGGACAUCUGCUGCUAUCAGCAGGUUGUGGUGAAGGAGGAGACCGAAACCUUCAUGAUACCAGUCCAUGACACCAUGGACCCAGAACCAAACCAGAACCAGUUCUCUCCUGAAGCCCACAACGUAUUCAGAGCCCAGACAGACCAGAACCCACCUGAGAGAUGUUGGACGCCCAGGAGUCAUGAGGACAAUUCAAAGUCAAAGAGACGUAAGGCAGAUGUGUCCUGUGACGUGUGUGGUAAAAGUUUCAGGCAGCACAGGUACUUGAUUGCUCACCUGAGGACUCACACAGGUGAGAAGCCUUUUUCAUGUCAGUCUUGUGGGAAAAGUUUCCUCAGGCAGCCGGACCUGACUCUGCACAUGAAAACCCACACCGGCGAGAAGCCCUUCCAAUGUCCAGUGUGUGGUAAAGGUUUCAUCCAGAAAACCACCUUAAGUUACCACAUGAGAACGCACACAGGAGAGAGGCCAUACAGCUGUGAAUUUUGUGGAAAAUCCUUCAUACAGAGGAGUGAUUUGACUUGCCACCUUAGGACUCACACAGGUGAGAAACCGUAUCAGUGUGAGGUGUGUCAGAAAUCUUUUGGACACAGCAGUGACUUCACUCGUCACAGGAGGACACACAUGGCUGAGAAACCUUUCUCAUGUGUGACCUGUGGGAGAGCCUUUAACAAGCAGUCUAAGCUGAGUUGUCACCUGAGAGUUCACGCAGGCAGUAAGACGUAUUCCUGUGAGUCGUGUGAUAAAUCUUUCAGGCGGAGUUGUGACUUUGUGCGUCACCUGAGGACUCACACAGGAGAGAAACCAUUUAACUGUGAAUUGUGUGAUAAAUCUUUCAGACAAAAUGGUGACCUGACACGUCACAUGAGAACUCACACAGGUGAGAAGCCAUCUUCAUGUUCAGUGUGCGGUAAAAGCUUCAGUGAGUACAGCAGCAUGCUCAGACAUAUGAGGACUCACACUGGGGAGAAACCGUACAUCUGCAAAGUGUGCGGGAAGCUUUUCCGCUUCGGCGGGCAUUUGACCGUUCACUUGAGAACCCACACAGGUGAGAAGCCGUGUUGCUGUAACGUGUGUGGUAAAUCAUUCAGUGACUGCAGCAGCAUGUCCAGACACAUGAGGACUCACACUGGGGAGAAGUCGUAUGCUUGUGAAGUGUGUGAUAAGUCUUUCAGGCAGAGGAACGAUUUGGCCCGUCAUCAUAGAACUCACACAGGAGAGAAACCUUUCCAGUGUCUGGCUUGUGGUAAAGGUUUUGUCCAGAAAACAACCUUGAGGUAUCACAUGAUGACCCACACUGGAGAGAAGCCUUACCCCUGUCAGCUAUGCAGCAAAUCCUUCAGACAGAGAAACGAUCUGACCCGUCACCUUAGAACCCACACAGGAGAGAAACCAUAUAGCUGUGCAUUAUGCGACAAGCCUUUCAGACAGAGUAAUGACUUGGCUCGUCACAUGAAGACUCACACAGGUGAGGAUCUAAGCCGUGUGGUUGAUCAGUCAGAUUAAGGUGGACUGAUGUGUGAAGAACUGAACCUAGAGAUGAUCUGGAAACUUCAAGAUAAAGACCAUUUAUUAUUAUUAACAGCUGAAAGUCAGUAGUGCGCAGCAGCUACUGUCGUUAGCGUAGUUGUCCUUGGUUCAAUUCCUGGUCUCUGUUUCUUCUCCCUGUUUCUUGUCCACCAAUGGUUCAAUAACCAGAAUCAAAAUAUCUGUAGAAGAUUUGAAUUUAUGAACUUUCUCUUUCCACAACUGUCCUGAAAUUGUCUAAGUACAGCAUUUAUGAUUUCUAAUUUCUAUUUAGACGCUAGAUUAAUCUUUCUCCUGCCAGAUACAGUACUGUGGCUUAGUUUAAAAUCAUUCCAUUCUUUUAUAAAACUCCUUUAACAUCAAGAAGCUGUGGCCCAGGAGUUCAGAGAUGAGACUGAUCCACUUUAAUGUCUCAGAAUGAUAGUUUUUCUAACUGGUUAAGGUCAGGAAACCAGUGUGACCAGCAGCCAGUCUGGCCAGAGGCCGACUUUACUGGGCCGGGCUCCAUGUGUCUGAACAGGACCUUCUGAGGUUCAGGCUGCUGCAUUUGAUGUUUUUUCUGGUGUCUUCACUUUAUUAAUCCAUGAAUUAAAUAAGUGCUUAACAGAUAA